AUGAGCGCGAGCGAGGGCAUGAAAUUUAAAUUCCACUCAGGGGAGAAAGUGCUGUGCUUCGAGCCUGACCCCAAGGCGCGAGUGCUGUACGAUGCCAAGAUUGUCGAUGUUAUUGUUGGGAAAGACGAAAAAGGCAGAAAGAUCCCAGAAUAUCUGAUACAUUUUAAUGGUUGGAACAGAAGCUGGGAUAGAUGGGCAGCAGAAGAUCAUGUGCUCCGUGAUACAGAUGAAAAUCGUAGAUUGCAGCGUAAAUUGGCAAGAAAAGCAGUAGCUCGCCUAAGAAGCACAGGGAGAAAGAAAAAGCGCUGCAGGCUACCCGGCGUUGACUCUGUCUUAAAAAGCCUCCCUGUUGAAGAAAAAGAUGAAAAUGAUGAAAAUUCAAUAAGCAGUUCCUCUGAUGACAGUAGUAAAAAAGAUGAAGAAAUAAGUGAAGAAAACAUUGAAGAAAAGACUGAAGUGAAAGAAGAACUAGCUGCAUACAAAAAAGGAAAUGAAGAAAGAGCAAUAACCAUAGACAUCCCUGAGGUUCUGAAGAAGCAGCGAGAUGAUUGUUAUUAUAUCAACAGGAGAAAACGGUUAGUAAAACUUCCAUGCCAGACCAACAUCAUAACGAUUUUGGAAUCCUACGUGAAGCAUUUUGCUAUCAAUGCAGCCUUUUCAGCCAGUGAGAGGCCUCGUCACCAUCAUGCAAUGAUGCAUGCCCACAUGAAUGUGCAUUAUCCAGCAGAAAAGAAUGUUGACCUUUGUAAGGAGAUGGUGGAUGGAUUAAGAAUAACUUUUGAUUACACUCUUCCAUUGGUUUUGCUCUACCCAUAUGAACAAGCUCAGUAUAAAAAGGUGACCUCGUCUAAAUUUUUUCUUCCAAUUAAGGAAAGUGCCACAAACACUAAUAGGAGCCAAGAGGAGCUCUCUCCUAGCCCGCCUUUGUUGAAUCCAUCCACACCACAGUCCACAGAGAGUCAACCAACCUCCGGUGAACCGGCCACCCCCAAGAGACGCAAAGCUGAGCCAGAAGCAUUGCAGUCUCUCAGGCGGUCCACACGCCACAGCACUAACUGUGACAGGCUGUCUGAAAGCAGUGCAUCACCUCAGCCCAAGCGCCGGCAACAGGACACAUCCGCCAGCAUGCCCAAGCUAUUCCUGCACCUAGAAAAGAAGACACCUGUACACAGCAGAUCAUCUUCCCCCAUUCCUCUGACCCCUAGUAAGGAAGGAACUGCUGUGUUUGCUGGCUUUGAAGGGAGAAGAACUAAUGAAAUAAAUGAGGUCCUCUCCUGGAAGCUUGUACCUGACAAUUACCCUCCUGGUGACCAGCCGCCUCCACCUUCUUUUAUUUAUGGGGCACAACAUUUGCUGCGGUUGUUUGUAAAACUUCCAGAAAUCCUUGGAAAGAUGUCCUUUUCUGAGAAGAAUCUGAAGGCUUUACUGAAGCACUUUGAUCUCUUUCUGAGGUUCUUAGCAGAAUACCAUGAUGACUUCUUCCCAGAGUCAGCUUAUGUUGCUGCCUGUGAGGCACACUACAGCACCAAGAACCCCAGGGCCAUUUAUUAAAGUUUUGAUAGUUCUGUAAGAACACUUGCUCUGCCUGGCUUUGCGCUCUGGGCUCCAGGUGAAGAAAUAAUGGGCUGGUGGACCUUCUUUCCAGAGAGUACAAACAUAGGCCCACCUCGGGGGCUGUGGCAGAGGCAGGCUCAGUUAUUUAUUUGAGUUAUCCACAUACUGUAGUUAUUUCUGUUAAGAAUUAUUUCCUUGGUGCCUGAACAUGCUCAGACGUAACACUUGCUGAACCUGAAGCCAUCUGUGAUGGCAGGAAAAGAACAGCUGUGUUCGUAGCAAAACAUUCAUGAAACAUAGGUUAGGCCAUUUUGUUAGACAUUACAGUUGGUUGUUAGCAGAAACCACACUGUUUAGUUAUUUGUUAGCACUAAACAAAAUUUUUUCGAACUGUUCUCAUUUGUGUGAGGAGGCUGAGCAACUCUGCCCAACAAAUUUUAGUUUGUACUUGGAAACCACAAAGUAGUCUCAAAGUAUUUUAGAGGGAAUUGAUAUUGACGGCAAAAGAAAAUUUGUAGCUAUACAUUUGCUUGUAAGAGUUCCCUCUCUGUGAAAAAUUAUUUUUGGUGCGCUAAAUAAAGCAUUGCCUGUCUUGUUUGAGAUUUUACAGCUCUACUUUGUUGUGUAAUGUUAUAGUUCCUUUUCUAUAAAAUGUUAUUUUUGGUGAUCUAAAUAAAGCAGUACCUGUCUUGUU